GAGGACGCUCUGUUCAUUAUAUAGUAUAUAGUAUAUGCCUUCCAUUCUGUUAACCAGUAUGACUUUUGAAAAAGUAUGACAGUAAAUACUUAGAUACUCUUACCAUCAGGACACGUGUAUUAUAUUACAGGAAUAUUUUACGGAAUAAUCGAUAGUAACAUGAUGUGCUACAUCUUACUCCUGUUCGGCUUCAGUAAUGCUCUUUUUCAAGGAGAUUAUGAAGACCCUUACAGAUAUGGACGAGCAGGGGGUAAUCAACGCCCUAGACCACGAAUACCAUCAGAAGAUUAUCAAGACAGAUAUGGACGAGCAGUGGACGGUGGUUGGUCUGCGUUCACUCCUUUUGGUGUUUGGAGUCAGUGUUCUGCCUCUUGUAACAGCGGAACCCGGACACGCUUUAUAAUUCAGACUUGCACUCAACCUGCUCCACUGUAUGGCGGUCUUCCCUGUAAAGGCAAAAGUUUUGCAUCAGAAACACAGCCAUGCAAUACAGAUUUAUGUGGAGAAGGAGCCAAACAUAUAUCUACUCAGACGGCAAUCAUUAUUGCUGGGUUGUUAAUCAUCUUGAUUAUACAGAUUUUUUCAACGAUAUCCACAUUAUGUCAACAUAGAAAGAUAAAGAAAAGCGAUCAGCCAGUGAAAACGCAAAAUAGGGAUGCGGUGUAUGAACAAAUUCGAAACAUGGAAACAAGAAACCAUGAUUAUGUCUCAUCUUACGCAGACUAUGUUCUUAAUCCACGAUUCCUCAACAGACCUGAUCACGGAGUGGAAGUCCCCCCUGACUUGUUGGAUUUGAGAAGACCCGUUCCUAUUUGGAAUAGUGACUUGAAUGACAGACGUGCGAGUAUUGUGUGCAUCCCCGAGAUAAAUGAAGAAAAUGAAGAAUCCGCACUUUAUUCCCACGAUACCAGUAUUACAGGUGAUAUGAAUGAUCAAAGGUUGGCUAUUCUUGCAGGAAAUCAAAAUGAAAAUGAUGGUGCUGGAGCAGAAAUAUAUUUCGAUGGGGCUAAUACUCGUAAGAAUGGGAUAUCUAUUACCGAUGGCUACGAAGAACCAAUUGUGAAGACAAGAAAUAAUUACAUUACCAUCUUACCCAAAGGAACUAAUCCGGAGAGUGUCGGUGAAGAGCCCCACGAUUCAAUAGCAAGCUAUGAGAAUGAAGAAAACGAACCUGGAAAAGGUGAAGACAUGGAUUCAGAAUUUUCAUUGAAUUCGGCAAACCCCGGGGAGAAAAUUGCAACCCCAGGCGUCAUCCCAUCGGUGCAGAUAGCUUAGAUCGAGACAAGAUUCGGGUUUUACAAUCUGAUGACGAUGAGUUGGAUGAUGAGAGGGAAUCAGCAGAGUAUACAGAACCUGUCAUGGCCAGGUGACCAUUUUACCAAUGAUUGAUGUUCAGGAUGCUGCUACGUGACCAUUUUACCAAUGAUUGAUGUUCAGGAUGCUGCUUUUUCUACGUGACCAUUUUACCAAUGAUUGAUGUUCAGGAUGCUGCUUUUUCUACGUGACCAUUUUACCAAUGAUUGAUGUUCAGGAUGCUGAUUUUUGUGAUUCGCUUGAUACUUAAAUUAAACUAUUGAUGUUCUGACUUCGAAUGUAAAUAUUAUGAGUUGGAGUAAUCCCAGUGAAACGUUUUCUUACUGAGUAAAGCUUACAAAUUGGCGACCUUUGACGAUGUCUUUAAUGCUUAUAAAGGUUUCUCUAUAUUGUUUUGCGUCCAUUUAAGAAUUUGGCACUCAUAUUGAGAUAUCAACAGUUGUUUAAGAAUUAUAUUGCCAUAAAUUGUGACCUAAGCAAUGCGCUAAAGACAGUUUUUCAUAAAUCAUAUUUGGAUGAUUUGUAUUUUUAUGUCUUCUUCUGGGAGCUUUGCCCCUCAGCGAGCGCCCACAUUACUAGGUUACCACGACAGGUGUACCACUCGCUAUACACGUCAUGAUAUACAGUAAAUUCCUAAAUAUACGCGAGCAAUUUAUUAUCACGUAAUUUCGCGAGAAGCAUCACUAACGAAUUAAAAUUAAUUGCUUUAUUUUUAUACCGUUAAAAUCACACGGCUUCUCACCUCUGUCGGCGCGGGUUCGAUUCCCGCUCGCGCCGGUAAGUGAGAAAGUUUCCCAGUUUACUUUCGGAAGGUCGGUGGUUAUCUAGGUUCCCUCUUCCACCAAUAAAAACUGGGUGCCACCAGAUAACUGAAAAAUUGUUGAGUGUGGCGGAAAACAUCAAUCAAUUAAUCAUAUACAGUUAAAAUAAAUGUAAAGACCCUUGCUCUACAGAGCAUUCACGAUUUUUUUUUUUUUUUAAAUUCUCGUGAUUUGACCUGCACAGGUCCAUAAGGAAUCUGCAGUACUUGUCUAAAUCACGACUUUAUAAUAAAGAUGACGAUUACUCGAUGUUCCUCAUCGUCACCUUCUCACCAUUGCAAAUUACAAUAAUUAUAUAUGUUUUAUGUCUAAUUGUUUUCGAUUAUUUCUAUACAUAUGUAGAAUGAAUUAUAUUGUGCAUGUAUUCAUGUUGACGAUGGUAUUGUUUUGUAAAUAUACUGCUCAGUUCUCAAAUGUAUCUGCUGAUUCUAAUUGUUACGUCUGCAUAUUGUGUACAUUUGCCCCUAUGUUUUGUUUUUAACACGUUUUUUAAUAUAUUAUUUUGCUUUUGUUUGUGUUUUAUGACACAAGAGAGGGAAUAUUUUUGUAUUAUAAUUACCGAAGAUCUGAUACUAUACAACUUUUCUUGGAUUUUGAUUAUCAUUAACGCAAUAAAACAUUUUUUGAAACAUGCCUGGUGUUUUAUCACAAAAUUUUGAUAAUCGCAUUUUCUGUAUAUUUAUAAAUGUUGUAUGUGUAUACAGUGGAGGAUUUUUAAUCGUAGUAUCUUGUUUAGAAAAAUGUAAAGGAGAAAAGAAGCAAUUCUGUUUCCAUUAUCGGAGAAAUAAAUAACAAAAUCUUUUGAUGUAUUGAAUCAAUUUUAUUGGGAAAACUUUAAAUUUAACCUUAUUAAAAUGACAGGAAAUAGUAACCUUUGAAAUGACUACAUAGGCGACUUAUUUCAAGUCCUAUAAAAUCUGUAAAAUCCAGGAGCUUCCUGGGGUUUCGCCUCCUGGACCCCCCACCAGGACUUCGACCUGGACCCACUGGGGGUCUAAAGGCGACCCCCAUACCCUCUGCCUCCUAACUUUGCGCACCCCAAGCGCAAUUCCUGGAUCCGCCCCUGGUAUAUAAUGAUAAACCACUCUUUAUCUGAACGGAUCCACUGCUAAGUUCUGCCUCUUGCUCUACAGGACACAGAAUGCUUGUAAAAAGAAAUGUAUCGAAAACCCGGAAGUUCAUAUUGUUACUGGUCAUCAUGUGCUCUUAUCAAUAUGUAUGAUGAUGGUGACAAUUCUAUACACAGUGUGGACAUAGCAAAACUUAAAUCAUUAGACAUGUACCUGGGACAAAACAUAGAAGAAUGAUACGACAAAUAUUGGAACAGUAAAUUAUAAGAACUUGAGAAGAUUUUGAGUGUAUGGAAAAGAAGAAAGAACGGGGAGUGUAAAAGUUAUGAAAUUGUGAAGAUAACGAAGCACGGUGAGUUGCCGCCUAUUUCCGUAUGCAUGUGUUUUCUGUGUCACACAGUAUGUAGCAAGUUUACAGCACAUUCUGGCUGCACACGUCCGAUGCAGUGUGAUGCUACAUAAACUGUAAUUAUAAAAACACAAUAUCAAUUAGAUUAAUAUAUUAAGAACAAUGACAUGUCAAUUCAUCGUUAACAUUUAGCAAGAGCUCCACAAGCCUUAACGGUCACCUGAGUAUCAUAGCCCAUACGGGGAGUCUCAUAUUUGCAUUAAAGGUUUAGGCUUUCUGGGGGUAUUGAUGGAUGGAGAAUGCUAAAAUGAUUUAUAUGCUUCAAACUACCAUUAAUUCAAUAGGAUUUACAAGCAUAUUUUGAAAGAUCAUAAAUGUGAGCAAAAAAAGACACUUAGACGUGAAUUUAACAAUUUAAGAAGAGAACAGCAUCACAGACAUCAGAACCAUGCAUCUAGAUUAAAUUGAGUUGCAAGUGAAAAUUGUAUCAUCUGUGACUUUUCAGAAGUUUUUAAUGAUUUUCCCUAUAUAUUUGUAUGUAAAAAUUGAUCCCCUAUUGUCGUCUCAUCUAAUCCCCGGGGCCAUGAUUUGAACAAACUUGAAUCUGCACUAUAUCAGGAAGUUUUUAUGUAAAUUUCAGCUUUUCUGGCCCAGUGGUGCUAGAGAAGAUUUUUAGACGGCCCCACCCUAUUUUUGUGAUUAUUUCCCCCUUUGAAAGGGACAUGGCCCUUCAUUUGAACUUGAAAGCCCUUCACCCAAGGAUGCUUUUGGCCGAGUUCGGUUGAAAUUGGCCCAUUGGUUCUGGAGAAGUCGAAAAUGUAAAAAGUUUACGAACAGACGACGGACAACAGGCGAUCAGAAAAGCUCACUUGAGCUUUCAGCUCAAGUGAGCUAAAAAUUAAUGUUGCUGGAGUUUUUUCUGUCAAUACGAUGAUUUAGUCAUCUUCGAAGUACAGUAUUCACCUCGUCCUUUGGACUCGGUGAAUAGUGUACUACUCAGGCCUCUUAAUCACUGUAUUGACCUAAAAAAAAAAAAAAGCAGUAUUUGUAUAAUGUUACAUUUUUUAUCAAUUUGUUAAUCACUGGUAUAUGUUAAUUAUAUUGCAAAAAAUUGCAUAAUAAGGGGAAAUUUUGUUAUAAUUUUCAUUUUUACCAAGAAAUCUGAAAUGGAAAGUUGUUUUAAAACAGCAUUCCUCCUAUGUUUCAAACACCAGCUUAUACCACAGGUAUGUGUUUAAGUAACAGGCAUUCUGAUAAGUUGGGUCUGGUAUUAAUGGGGAGAAUGAUGUCUUACAGCGGAAAAUAAAAAAUGGGUGUCAGUAAAAGUCUUACAAACAUACAAAUAGUUACAGUAUUAGCUGACAUUAUCUUAAUAUUUAUGGAAUAAACAUGUUUCUCGGAUGCAUUUCCUAAAAAUAACGUUGAUAUAAACCAGUUUAAACAUUUUCUUCGUUAUCGACGCCAUUUAAUGGCAUGUCUGUGUAAUUUACAAUCUCAAUCAGUUACUUAGUGAUAUUUUGAGUUUUAUUCCAAAUUUGUUUUAGAGGGGAUAUUUACCAGCAUAAUAUACUUCAUUUGUAAUCUUUUUUUAAUUGGGGCAUAUUUCACGCCUUAUAGUAACAACUUCCUCAACAAUUAAGUCACUUCUUAUAAGGUCUUGACUCACGUAGAUAAUGACACCGGGACUCUGUUUUCCUUUGUUUGCUCGGUUUCCUUUUUAGGCUUUUUUUCUCCUUUUCUUUCCUUUUUUGCCAACAAACAUGGUUAUUGCAAGUAUUAUGAAUGUAUGAAUGAAUGCUAUUUUUGUCAAAUCGUACCAUUAAUGUGAACAAGUUUUUUUUUUUAAAUUUAUCAUUUGCCUCAUUAUCUUGAUAAUAAUUUCAUAGACUUCUAAAUUCAUAUUCAUACACAAAGACCUAGUCAGUUAGAUAUCAAAAUGAUGUAAGAAUUUUAUCAUGUCAGGGAGUAAGACAUGGAGAGACUUAAACAUAACAUUGAAAGACAAUAAUUAUUUUUUUAGAAGUUAUGUGUUUUGGCCAGAUUUCAAAGCAAUCCGGUUUAAAGCUUGAUGAUGUUUGUCCGUCCGUGUAAAAAAAAAUCGGUUGAAUUUCUCUGCAAUGGUAAGGAUCAUUUACUACAUAUUUUGCCUAUUCUUCAUCAGUUAGCAGUUUUAAUUUCCAUAAAUACCGGGUUUCUCUGAUUUAGUUCACACUUGAAUGAUGUUGGUCAGAAAUUGGUUGUCUGAUUUAUAAUCAGGCCGUGUCGGUUUUGGCGGUUUCUGGUAAUUUCCAUAAAAUAAUGCCUGACAUGAAUAAAAUUCAACUCUAUUAAUCAAAAUUUUUAGUGAUGGUCAACAUGUCGGACUAUCGGACCGUCGGAAUAUUGGGCCAUCGGACCGUCGGGAUACUGGUCUUGAAUAAUUUUUAGUAUGCUGAAUCCAAAUCUGAAUUCAUUUUACUCCACUUUUUUACAGACAAUGAGGUAUAGCGUCUUAAACACCCCUACCGUCAGGUUGUCAAAAACGGAAAAUGUUCCAUUUCACAUCAAAAAGUGACCCAAAGUUAUUUCUUGAAAUAAGGCAUACAACAUAGAAAGGAAAACAAUUGAUACUAAAUUGUUCCAUGAACAUUCUUAGUUGUUUUGGAAAGAAUAUAUCUCACCUCUGGACUUCACAGAUACAGGAAAGGAAGAGGAAUACGGAGCAGAUCAACGAUCUUAAAUUUAAUCAGAUUGAGCCAUAGCCUAAUGAACUGAUGAACAGGAGCAAAAGUAAAACUAAUAGGAAAACUGAUUUAUCAAACAUCAGCAAAUCUUUCCCGAGAACUUCUGAUACAGCUGGGGGGGGGGGGGGGGGGGGGGGGGGCUGAGUUGCAUCAUUAUCAGAAUUUACCGAAACACUGGACUCUCUGGCCAGUCUGGGGGCUGAGUUGCGUCAGAACUGACAGAAGCAGAUCUCUCUGGCCAGUCUGGGGGCUGAGUGGUAUCAGAAUCUGUCUGAGAAUAAAUGGUUGAAAUGUUUGUUUUUAUUUUUUCAGAAUUCAGAAAUUUAAAAACUGCAUGAUCAGAUUUUUUUGUAACCACAAUAAUGUCCCUUUAUUGCAAUGACUCUUCAAGUACAAACCAUGAUAUUAAAAGAAAAAUAUGAAAUGAGAAUACAUGUAUGUAUGCUCCAAGACCUGCGCAUUUUAUGGCUGACCUUACUCAACAUUCAAUAAAGCGCAUUUCUAACAUAUUACUAAAUUACAAUGCAACUAACUCAAUACCCUGGGAGGGUGUGGGGGAGGGGAUAUUGUGACAAAACCUGGGAGGGUGCGGGGGAGGGGGUAAUAUGACCGAAAAUACAGUCUUGAGCUCAAUCGACAAAAUAUACGGAACAUUCUCCAUAUACCAUCACAACACACUAACUGGUCGUACGUAAAUUCAUACACGUAGGUGAAAAUAGUAAGAAAGACAAAGAAAUAACUGUGUCUGAAGGACAUCGUACAAAAUAGAAAGAAAGACAAAGAAAUAAGUGUGUCUGAAGGACAUCGUACAAUAUCUAAGAUCAGAUUUUUCUCAGCCUGUGACAAAUCUAUACACAAACAGGGAAAAAUCCCAUGACUUACCGAAAAUGUUAAAGCUAGACUUCCUAACCCAAUCUGUCAGUAAGAUGUUUUUCUAUCACCUCACUCCAGAAACUAGGUUGCAGUCAAGUUUCUUCAUCGAGAAGAACCCUGCCAUUAUGACCUAUUGUCUAAUAAAUUUUACAACAAUGACGAGGAAAUGAUUAUCAAUACAAUCAAUAUACACAUCAAAGGGAAAGGCAUCGAAAAUAUGCAAACAACUGUAAAUAUUGUGCAAUCGACUCUUCUCAAAUGUUGACCACACAAAAAGCAGAACACAGUUGACUGCGCGACCUGACACAGUUGACUGCGCGACCUGGGCCCUGUCUUCUUUUGACAACGCGGAAAAGCUUUAGUCUAGACUUAGGUUUUUGUAUUAAAUAAUGCAAUUGUUUUCUUGUCAAUAAAUCCAUCAGAAGAUUUGUUGCUCUCGAUUUUAUUUCACACUUUGGAAAAUGUAAUUUAAACACUUAUUUUGGGAAAUUUUAUUGAUCAGUUUAUAAAUCAGUGUUUUUAUCAGAAUUCUACGAGCCUCAGUUUUCUUUCUUUCAUCUUUUUUUUUUUGACCUGAUAAUACAGAAUUUUGUGGGACGCAUACACAGACAGCAGAAUGGACCAGGCCAAAACCCAAGGUCCGUAACUUACAUCUGAGCAUUAUACGGACAUGGACACGUUUUGAACUAAACAAAAUUUCAAAUUUUAUUUUCCACAUCUUUAAUGUUUACGAUGCUUAACUAAGGUAUUUCUAAUGGUCAGCACAAUUUGAAUAUCAGUUGUCGAGUAACAAGUGGGAUAUUGCACUCACAAUUCCUUGUUAUGUAAACAAGGCUCGUGCCAUGUUUUUGUUUACAUAUAUAUUGCUUCAUACAAAAACAUCAUGUCUAAAACAAAAUGAGACGUGAUAAACACUAGAAACUGUUCGAUUGUGUCCAGAAUUAUCGUGUAAAUAGAAAAAUCUGCUUUUAACAAAACUUUUACUAGAAUAUCUAACAUAUGUAAACAAAAACAUGACACGAGUCUUGUUUACAUAACAAAGGAUUGUGAGCUCUGUAUCUCUUAUUUAACUCGACAACUGAUAUCCAAGUUUUGGUUGACAUUAGUUAAACAUUGUAAACACUAACAAUGGAAAAAUAAAAUUUGAAAAUUUUAAGCUCAGAUCGUGUCCAUGCCCCUUUAAAAUCACUCGGGUAGUGACAUAGAAAUAUGCACUAUUUUCUAUGCCUAACAAACGAGAGGCCCAUGGGCCUAAUCGUAUACUCGAGUCACAUCUAAUUAACGAGAGGCCCAUGGGUCACAUCGCUUACCUUUGUCAAUUUGGUCCAAAUUUACAGAUUUGUUCCUAUACCGUAUAUACUCGCCUAUAAGUCGGUUGUAUUUUUUAAGGUUAUUUUGUAGGAAUUUGCCAUUGACCCGCUUAUAAGUCGGUACAAAUUUUUGUCAGAAUCGGUCGACAAUUUGAAGUCAAUGCUGUAAUGUUUUUACCUAUGUUUCAACAAAUAUUUUGAGAAAUUAAUAAUUAUGAGGUGCUCAAUAUCCAAGCCAUACCUGUCUGGGGUUUAAACACUACCCUUGAUCUAUUAUGGGCAAUGAUGCCUUGUUUACCUACGCAAUUAUGGUCUCCUAAUUACCAGUACCUGAUACUGUGUUUACUUAGUGGCACGCGCCUCGCGAAAACUGUUCUUGUGGGAUUCCGGUAUCAUUCAUUGUAUCAACAAUUUUAAGAGUCAAGAAUGAUGAUCUAAAUUAUCUGUUAACAAUAUUCAAUCUUUUAUGAAAUAUAUUUCAGCCGGUAUACAUAUGAAUAUUUCAAUAUUAAAUCGGGUUCGUAAUUCAAUUUUACCGAUAAACGAUAGAUUAGUUGAAUAUUGAAAGUAUUAAUCAUAGCGGUAUGUAAAUACUUUUUAACUAGAUAAUGAUAUCCAAAUACUUGUACUUUUAGUUUAUACAUAAUUUUAAAAUGCAUAAACAAUACAAUAUGUCUAGAUAAUCAUUUGUGUGGUAGUCCAUGAUAAUCGUCGGAGUUGUUUAAAUAACACUACAUUACGCCGCCCAGAAGAAUACCAAUCUUCUUAGAACACGCCUAUAAGUCGGACAUAGUUUUGGACCAAAAAUUGACUCCCAAAAAUCCGACUUACAGGCGAGUAUAUACGGUACAUGUAUAUUCGCAUGUAAAAACAAAACUUUGAUUCCCUAUCAUGACCCCACCCCAUCCCCCGGGAUGUGAAUUUAACAACUUGAAUCUUCUUUAUGCCAUGUAAAUUUGAACUUGUACGGCCCAGUGGUUUUUAAGAUUGUAUUCCUAUAAUAUAUGCGCAAUUUUUUUCUUUUUUUAAAUCUGGUUAGAGCAUCGCACUCAUAAUUACACGCCCUCUCACAAUUGGUCGGCGCGGGUUCGAAUCCAGCUCGUGCCGGUUAUAGAGAAAGUUUUCCAGUUUACUUUCGGAAGGUCUCUUCCCACUUAUAUUGUAUCAGGGUUCUCUCUUCCACCAACAAAAACUGGGCGCCACUAUAUAACUGAAAAAUGGUUGAAUGUGGCGAAAAACAUCAAAACAACCAAUCAAACAAUAGCACGUUUUCUUUGAUCAUCUGGUGCAUCAAAAUUGGUACCGCAUACGUUUUACAUUACGACCCUUGGGUCGAGGUCUUGACAGCCCAGUAGCUAAGGAUUUUAUGUCCCUCAUGCAUAGCUCCAAAUUUCGACUUGCACAUCACUGAAGAGACGUUAUUUGUCAAAAUGCGC